GAAGAACGUGAACCCCAAAGAACUGAAAACAGGAUGCUGCCCGUCACAGACUACCUGCUGCAUGUCCUGGGGCUGGAGAAGACAGCGUUCCGCAUAUACGCGGUGUCCACCCUCCUCCUUCUGGGACUCUUCUUCGUCUUCCGCCUGCUGCUGCAGGUUCUGGGGCUCUGCCGGCGCUUCUACAUUACCUGCUGCCGGCUGCGCUGUUUCCCCCAGCCGCCCCGCCGCAACUGGCUGCUGGGCCAUCUGGGGAUGUACCUCCCAAAUGAGACGGGCCUUCAAGAUGAGAAGAAGGUGCUAGACAACAUGCACCACGUGAUCUUGGUGUGGAUGGGACCCAUCCUGCCACUGUUGGUUCUGGUGCACCCUGAUUAUAUCAAGCCCCUGUUGGGAGCCUCAGCUGCCAUUGCGCCCAAGGAUGACCUUUUCUAUGGCUUCCUGAAACCUUGGCUAGGGGAUGGGUUGCUGCUUAGCAAAGGCGACAAGUGGAGCCGACACCGCCGCCUGCUGACGCCCGCCUUCCACUUCGACAUCCUGAAGCCCUACAUGAAGAUCUUCAACCAGUGCACCGAUGUCAUGCAUGCAAAAUGGCGGCGUCUGGCAGAGGGCUCAGUGGUCUCCCUUGACAUGUUCGAGCAUGUCAGCCUCAUGACGCUGGAUAGUCUUCAAAAAUGUGUCUUCAGCUACAACAGCAACUGCCAAGAGAAGAUGAGUGAUUAUAUCUCAGCCAUCAUUGAGCUGAGCGCCCUGGCUGUCCGGCGCCAGUAUCGCCUGCACCACUACCUGGAUUGUAUCUACUACCGCACGGCCGAUGGGCGGCGGUUCCGGGAAGCCUGUGACACCGUGCACCACUUCACCACUGAGGUCAUCCAGGAGCGGCGGCGGGCUCUGCGACUGCAAGGGGCUGAGGCCUGGCUUAAGGCCAAGCAGGGCAAGACCUUGGACUUCAUCGAUGUGCUGCUUCUGGCCAGGGAUGAAGACGGAAAGGAACUGUCGGACGAGGACAUCCGAGCCGAGGCAGACACCUUCAUGUUUGAGGGUCACGACACGACAUCCAGUGGGCUCUCGUGGGUACUCUUCAAUCUGGCGAAGUAUCCGGAAUACCAGGAGAAGUGCCGGGAAGAGAUUCAGGAAGUCAUGAAAGGCCGGGAGCUGGAGGAGCUGGAGUGGGAUGACCUGACUCAGCUGCCCUUCAUCACUAUGUGCAUCAAGGAGAGCCUGCGCCAGUUUCCACCUGUGACUCUUGUCUCUCGCCGCUGCACAGAGGACAUCAAGCUCCCGGAUGGGCGCAUCAUCCCCAAAGGAAUCAUCUGUUUGGUCAGCAUCUAUGGAACCCACCACAACCCCAUGGUGUGGCCCGAUUCCAAGGUGUACAACCCCUACCGCUUCGACCCGGACAAUCCACAGCAGCGCUCCCCACUGGCCUAUGUGCCCUUCUCGGCAGGACCCAGGAACUGCAUCGGACAGAGUUUCGCCAUGGCGGAGAUGCGCGUGGCGGUGGCGCUAACGCUGCUGCGCUUUCGCCUGAGUGUGGACCGAACGCGCAAGGUGCGGCGGAAGCCGGAGCUCAUCCUGCGUACGGAGAACGGCAUCUGGCUCAACGUGGAGCCGCUGCCUCCGCGGGCCUGAGCGCCGGCGCGCCCCUGCAGACCCUGGGGGACCAGGCCCCGCCC